AUAUAAACUCGUUAAACUGACAGUCUGAGACACCAUUUGGGGUUCGAAGAAAUAUAGACUGGUAGAUUUCUUCCUCAAGAAAAAAAAAGAAAGAAGAAAGAAAUGUCUUUCUUUGGUAUCGAAGUAACAAAGAGCAAACCUGUAACUCAUAAGGUUGACAAAGCAAGAGGAAAAUUACGUUUAACCCAGGCUUCUUUACAAUUCGUUUCAGAAUAUCAUUGGCGGUGUGCAGUGUUGUGCAGUGUUGGAGGUAGAACUCCAAUAACUUUAUGCAUAUUGAACGGUUCGUCGAAUGCAUCAUGCCCUCUCGACAUUGAGUUCAACGAGGGGGACGAUGAAGUGAUUUUCUCAGUUGAUCAACAAGAUUAUGAUCCAGAGAUGAGAGUUAAUCUUACUGGAUACUACACCGAAAAGUGUAGUUAUGGUAGUGAUCAAGAGUAACUGUAAGUUAAUCAGUUGCCAUGUACUUUGGUGUGCACUUAGAUUAAUUAUUGUAAUUUCUCUUGUUGGUGAUUUACUUAUAUCUCAAGUCAAGAAUAUCUAUGGAUGGAUUAAUGCAGUUAGAGUGAAUGAAAAAUGAGGAUCAAGAUCAAAAAGCUGGACGUGUUUAUGUUCGAAUCACAGAAGUUAAAACAUCUACCGGAUGUGCAUAUCUGCUACGUUAUAUGGACGGGCAAACGGACUGAUUUUAAUCCUUUGUUCUUUUUUUAGAUCAUUUGAAGGGCUGCUGUCUUGUCUUAGUUACUAUCUAGAAGAAUAAAAGUGGAAGAUCUUGUAUUUUCUACAUGUUAUAUUAUGUGUAAGAUCUCUAUUAUCGUUAAUUAGAAGCUAUUGAUGAUGCUUGCCAGCA